GGGCGAGAGAGAGAAGUGGGAGAGAGAGGAGGGGGGAGGCUUUCCGAGAAACAGAAACCAUUUGAGUUGCAGCAGGAGCCCACCGACACACUUCCAACUGAGACACACCCCGCGAAGAAAAGGAUUAAAAAAGAGAUGGCCGUCCAGCAGCAGCCGACCCAGGUGGUGACGGUGAUGACCACUGGCCAAAGCCCUGGCACGUGGAGCACUGGCCUCUGUGACUGCUGCAGUGACAUGGGCACCUGUUGCUGCGGUUACUGGUGCUUCCCUUGCAUGCAGUGCCAGACGGCCGGGGACUUUGGCUGGUGCUGCUGCAUGCCCCUGCUGGACGUCUGCUGCGUGGUGUCCUGCAUACUCCGCUCCUCCAUCAGAGAGCGCCACGACAUUCCCGGCUCCUGCUGUGACGACUGCUGCAAGUUGUUCUGGUGCUACCCGUGUGUCUGGUGCCAGAUGAACCGUGAGCUGAAGAUCAGGAACAACCGGGGGGGGGGGGCCCACACCUCGGUGGUCACCACGCAGGUCAUCAGCGCGUAGGACGCCGCGGCGCAGGGCAUGAGACACACACGACUAAACAAUGGCUAAACAAAGCUGCGCAGUGGAAGGCGGCGACGUGGCUCAUGCACUGACCUGCAGCUUAGUUUUAAUCUUUUGAAGAUUCUUUUGAAGAUUCACUUUUAGAGCCGUUUUCAGUUGAAUAUUAUCUAGAUGUUGAAAUAGGCUCUUGUCUGGUCUUGACAGACGAGCACAGAGGUUCAACAUUCCGUGGUCCCCACCGCCGCAUGAAUUCACUCUAAAUGAAAUGUUUUUAAAGUUUUAUUAAAAUGGUAAAAAAAAAAAAAGUGGACGGAGCCUUGUGUUGCUUUGACUCCACACGACAGAUAAAACUCACACCUUUUGAAAAAGGCCUCGUGCGAGGUCUCUGGGAAUGAAACGGAGGGGUGGAAGCUUGUUUCACCAGAGGUGACGUAUAUGGGAUCGUCCCCCAUUUGGGUUUUUAUGUUUCCUUUUAUCUUACGGUUCAGAGAUAGGCUCAAGGAUGUGGGGUUGAAGGACAGAGUAUCUUCAAAGCACACAUAGAUAUGAGUAAAUAUCUUAAUACGUUACCAGAAUUUCCAGUCUGCCUUGAAUGUGUGCCAUUUAUUCGUUUCAAUGGCUAGAGGGAAUUUGGCAAACAAAAUAAGAGGCCGACCCAGCGCUUUCAUGUGGGAGUCAUCACAAUUGCAGAGAAACAUAAUAGCAGGUCUUAUUUCAACCGAAACCGUCAUACAAACGGUAAUACAGGACACAAGGGGAGAAAGAGGAAGUUAAAUGAACAAAUAGGGAUGUUGUGGAUAAACAGUGUCAAAUAGUGAGUUCUUCAAUACGAGCACCUUUGUAGUGAUUCAUCGUCAUCAUUUCUUUUUCUUUUAGUUAAGUUCAGCUUCGGGUGCCAAUACUUUUGAUCCAAAAUGCAAAGAAGUAGGGACAUAUUCUACUUAUUUUAGUCCACGUGUCCGAUGCCUGUUACGUUUGUUUGAUAUGCAUCCCUGAUUCAGCGUUUCAGCUGGAACCGAGGGGAGGAAAUAAGGUGAAAGGGGAACAUUCUUCUCUCUCUCAGUGGACACUCCCACUCAAAAGAGUCUCUCUCGGGUAAACCACUUAAAAAAAAAAAAAAAAAAAAAAAAAGAAAACACUUCCUGCACAAGCCUCUCACGUAGCCCGAUCAUCUCUGGGUAAAUGGGAGAGUGUGCGGGAGUCUCCUGUGAAUCAAAUAGAAAUUGUGCGAGCGCUCUGUUUAAUGACAGUCUCCCUAUAAUCUAAAAUACAAAAGG